CGCGUUGCAAGCAGCCAAUCGGAGGGGCGGUGUCGCUUGUUGUUGCACUGUGAGGCGGCUGCGCUCCGGGCGUCGGUGCCGGCCGCCGCCGGAGGGGGAGGAACAGGAGGCCCCGUGAGGCCCCCGGCCCGGGCGCCCGCUCGUCUGCCCCGCUGCCUGCCCCGCUGCCUGCCGGCCCCGCAGCCCCGCGGAGGGCGGGGAGAUGCAGCCCCCGGGCCCUCAGCAGCAGCAGCAGCCGCCGCCGCCGCUCUACGCGCCCAGCAGCGGGGACUUCACCUUCGUCUCCUCGGCAGACGCCGAAGAUCUUAGUGGCUCCAUAACAACUCCAGAUGUUAAGCUAAAUCUUGGAGGAGAAUUCAUCAAAGAAUCUACUGCAACUACAUUCCUAAGACAGAGAGGGUAUGGCUGGCUUCUGGAAGUGGAAGAUGAUGACCCAGAAGACAACAAGCCACUCCUGGAAGAACUCGACAUUGAUCUGAAGGAUAUUUACUACAAAAUUCGAUGUGUUUUGAUGCCUAUGCCAUCUCUUGGGUUUAAUAGGCAAGUAGUGAGAGACAAUCCAGACUUCUGGGGUCCUCUGGCAGUUGUCCUCUUCUUCUCAAUGAUUUCAUUAUAUGGACAAUUUAAGGUUGUUUCUUGGAUUAUAACUAUUUGGAUAUUUGGAUCCUUGACAAUUUUUUUACUGGCCAGGGUUCUUGGAGGAGAAGUUGCUUAUGGCCAAGUUCUUGGUGUGAUAGGAUAUUCCCUACUUCCCCUCAUUGUCAUAGCACCUGUGCUUUUGGUGGUUGGAUCCUUUGAAGUUGUUUCUACCCUAAUAAAAUUGUUUGGAGUCUUCUGGGCUGCAUACAGUGCUGCAUCAUUACUAGUUGGAGAAGAAUUCAAGACCAAGAAACCCCUUCUAAUUUAUCCAAUCUUUUUAUUAUACAUUUAUUUUCUGUCCUUGUACACUGGGGUGUGAUCUAGUGCAAGAUGUGGCCAGAAACCAUAUUUUAGUCACUUGCAAACUGAUAAUGCGUAAGAUUAAGGAGGCAGGAGAUAAUAUAAGUGACUGUUUUGUAUCCAGUUGUCAAGAUGUUUUAAGAUCGAAGAGCAUAUUUGUGUAUAUUAUUUAAUGAAGCAACUGUAGCUAUAUAGAUUUGUAUCAAAGUUCCAGGUUUGUUUGACUCUUCAGAUUUUAAUGAAUAAAACAGAACAACCUUGUGUUUUAUAAGGAAGUGUAGCAAAACCACAACUCGAUACCUGUGCCAAAAGCACUAGGACCAGAUUACUAUAUUCGAGGAGAAGAAUGAGUAGUUAACUGUAACAAUCUCAAAGUGCAAUUUUUCUUUUGAGCUUAAACACAGCUGACUUUUUUGGCACAGCAAAUUCUGUAGAUAAUAUAUAUUUAUGAAAAAGUCCUGAUUGUUCAUGGAAAAGUCUGUAUGAUCAAGACAUAAAGAUACUACUUUUAAUUUAGUGCCUCAAUUACUUUGAUUUGGCUAUUGAGUUUUUAUAAAUUCCAAUUUGUUUUCAAAACAUGUAUAUACUGUGUAUUUUGUAUCUAUGGCUUGUGUGUAGCGUCAAUACUCCUUGGUUAAGGAUGUAUAUUGGGUUUUUAAAAAUUGAAGAUACGAGUAUUUGAAGUAUUCACUUACUAUCUCUGACCAAAGGAGCAAGAUACUGCGUGACAUAAUUAAAAUGCAUAUUUAGAGAAUCAAAUUAUUUUACUUAAAAGUAUAAAUUUACAGAGAAAUGGGUGAAUACCUUUCUCAACUGUAGUGCUGGCUUAAUGUUGGAGAAAAAAAGAUGAUCUAUCAAAUUUGUGUGAUCUUUAAACAAUGUUAUUUUAUGAUGACAAAAUAAAAAUAAUGCUUCCCUAACUAUGUUUUACAACAUCUUGCUCUGUCUUGUAAAGCAAUGGUAUUUAAUAGCAUGGUAUUUAACAUGCAUCCAUUUUCCAUUUCACCCCCCCUCCGCCCCCAGUGUUAAUCCCUUGUAAAGAGACAUAAAAAAGAUUUGUAAGGCCAGAUUCCCCCCCCACUAAAUAAGGUAGAAUUACAGCCUUAGUAACAAUUAGUGUCUUGCAAAUUUUGACUAUCCAAGGAUUAUGUAAUAAUGUGAUGACACGUUAAAUAUUUCCUGUGUACUGUGUUGAUUGCUUAUGUAAUGGUCCUUAUGGUAAUGUUUCUUCACAAGGGAAGUCCACUUUGCAUGGUACUAACUUAGGCAUUUGCAAUCUUCAGUUUCUCAAUAUUUUUUUUUGGUAACAGGAGAAAAAAAAGCAUUCCCCAUGUCUUUUUUCCUGUUUUUCUAACUUAAUGCUGCAAAUAAAAAUCAACCAUGACGAGGUA